AUGUCUGUUCUCCUCAUAGGAUCUACUGGAAUGGGAAAGAGCAGCUUUGGGAACUUCCUUAUUGAUCCAGGCGAGAAGCACGUGUUUGACAAUCCAACUUUUUCUCCAGGUACGGACGGCAGGCCAAAAACACAAGAAGUUAAAAGUAAGAAUGUCCAACUUAAAAGUGGUGAGACAGAGAUGCGGCUUGAUGUUAUUGACACUCCGGGGUUGAAUGAGAGUGCUGAAAAAGAUUUAUCUCACAUGAUCGAUAUUAUCAAAAAAUUGAACGAUUGUGAGGGAGUUAAAGCUUGUAUUCUCGUUGUUAAAUUCAAUGCUAAAAUUGAUGCACAAUAUAAAGCAACAAUAGAAUACUACAGUAAGCUCUUGCCUGGCCUGUUUGAGAGAAAUGUUAUUAUUGUGCUGACCGAAUAUGCAACAGAUGAACGUUCAGAACAACAGCGAAAAAAGAAGCGCAUUGAUGUUGAACAAAUAAAACAUGACACAAUAGCAGAGCUUAAAAAAUGCUCUAAUCAGCAAAUAAUGUAUUCACCACAACUAUUUAUGAUUGACUGUCUGCCAGUGGAUGAUGAUGAGUUGAAGACAAGUCUAGCCAUACGUAGUGCAAUCCUUCACUACAUCUUUCAAUUGCCACCAAUAAAAGUAAAAAACGUAAUGGUUGCAAAAACAGAUUACAUCAAACAGAAAGAUGCCGAAAAGUACAAAGAGCUGCAGGGAGAGAUAGCAGGAUAUAGUGAGAGGUUGAAAGAGGUUAAUGCACUGAGCAAAAAUGCCCUUGAUGAAACACGCCACAAAACGAGAGAAAUUAAUGAAAUCGAAAGUAAAAUAUGCAAUCUGAAGAAGCAGUUGGAAGACAAAGAUAAAGAGGAUAAAGUUGUUGCUGAACAUCAGUACAUUAAUAAAGAAUCAAAAGAAUUGGAAUCGAUCACAGAAGCAGUUGAUAUUAAAUCACCUUAUGAAAUCACAAGUUACAUGACAUGGACAAAUGGAAGAUGUGAGUUCAAAGUGCUUGACCAAACACCUUAUACCAUUAAAGGAACAAUUGAAGGCGAAUUCAUGCGUGGAAUUUAUGCAUCAGUUACUGCCUAUACUGAAAAAAGAAUAAAAUAUACUGGUGAGAUUGAAGAAUUAAAGAAAAAAAUAAAAACAAAAAAUGAAAAUCUUAUAGAGUGCAAAAAAGCAUGGGAAAAAUGUCGAGUAGAACAAAAAGAAUAUUUAGAAGAAAUAAAAUUGCUUGAAAAAUACAUUGCUCAAAGGCAUGUUGCUGCUCAAAAAUGUCGCUCAGAUAUCAUGACAAUAGAGGAAGCUGCAAUAAAGCUGGAAGAGUUGCAAGAAGAAAGAUUUGAUGAUUAA